CUGAGAAGAGGAAGCUUGUGGGCCAGCCACCUAGUUCUGCCUGUGUUACAGUGAAAAGGAGCUGCUUAGAGAUGAAGCCCUUGGCUUUGUUAGUAGAGAUCUUGAUCAUUAUUGAGGUCACAACUAAAAAUACUGAAGCAGAAAGAUAUAAUAAAAAACAAAAAGAAAUGAAUGUCACCACACAGGUAUCAGUGAGCAAAGUCAAGCAAUUUUUAUCAAAUCUACUGGAACAAGGAAAAUCAAGUAAAAUAACCAAUAAAAGAGAAAAUCCCUUAGGAAAAAAGAAGAAUCAACAUAAAUUAAAAAUAAAAGGAAUUCAAAAUAAAGAUCUCCUGAAGAGAAAUCAACACUAUUUCAAAAAGCAAGCCAAGAAAAGUAUCCCAGAUAAAGGCGAUGAAUUAUUUAAGAUGGGCAACAAGAUGCUCCAGGAGUCUAAAAGCCAAAAACAGAAAACAGAAGCCUACAUACUCUUUGCCAGAGCAGCUGACAUGGGAAAUUUGAAAGCUAUGGAAAAAAUGGCUGAUGCUUUGCUAUUUGGAAGUUUCGGCACUCAAAAUAUAACAGCAGCUAUCCAGUUCUAUGAGUCCUUGGCUAAAGAAGGAUCAUACAAAGCCCAAAACGCACUAGGAUUUUUAUCUUCUUAUGGAAUAGGAAUGGAAUAUGAUCAAGCCAAGGCACUGAUAUAUUACACCUUUGGAAGUGCUGGAGGAAGCAUGAUGUCCCAGAUGAUUCUGGGGUACAGAUAUUUGUCAGGAAUCAAUGUUCUACAAAAUUGUGAAGUUGCCCUAAAUCAUUACAAGAAAGUGGCAGAUUAUAUUGCCAACAAAUUGGAAAAAAGUGAAGGAAUUCCAGUGGAAAAAGUGAGACUAACUGAAAGACCUGAAAAUCUGAGCUCCAACAGUGAGAUUUUGGAUUGGGACAUAUACCAGUACUAUAAGUACUUGGCAGAAAGAGGAGAUGUUCAGAUACAAGUAUCCCUUGGACAAUUACAUCUAAUUGGAAGGAAAGGCCUAGAUCAGGAUUACUAUAAGGCACUAUACUACUUUUUAAAGGCAGCAAAGGCUGGGAGCGCAAAUGCCAUGGCAUUUAUAGGAAAGAUGUACUUAGAGGGAAAUACUGCUGCACCACAAAAUAAUGCCACUGCCUUCAAAUACUUCUCCAUGGCAGCCAGCAAGGGCAAUGCAAUUGGUCUUCAUGGACUUGGUCUCCUUUACUUUCAUGGAAAAGGUGUUCCUGUGAAUUAUGGUGAAGCACUUAAAUACUUCCAGAAAGCUGCAGAGAAGGGAUGGCCUAAUGCACAGUUCCAGCUAGGCUACAUGUACUACU